CCAGCACCGUGAGGCGCCCGCGGGCCGGCGGCGAGGGCCGCACGCAGCCGGGAGCAGACGCGACGAAUCAGCAGCGGCGGAAAACCAAGCCGCGUUCCCGAGGCCGCGCCGGCCUCACGUGAGCCGUGACGCACUUCCGACACCGGCCGGGAGGAGGGCGGCGGCGGCCGCGUGGGGCCGCGCCGCGCGGGGGUGACGUCACGAGGCCACGCGGGUCCCCGGAUGCCCCACGCGUGUCGGGGGCGGCCGGCGCGCGCCGAGGCGCCGAGUGAGGCCGGCGGAGACGCCGCGGUGCCGGUGGGCGUCAUCCGCCUGCCGCGGGGGCCGGAGGGCUCCAGCCGCGGCUUCGACCCCGCCUCGCCGCGGUUCCGGGCGCCAGGGGCCGGCGGGGCGCCGGAGCAGCGGCAGCGAGCGGCGCUGCGCGAGCGCUACCUGCGCAGCCUCUUCGCCAUGGCGGGCCGGCGCGUGCGCUUCGCCCUGUACGAGCGGGUGAGCGUCGCCGCCGUCUUCGGCGCCUCCGACAUCGACGUGCUCAACUUCCAGGUGUCGGAGCUGCAGACGCCGCUGGGCGUGCAGAAGGAGGCCCUGCUCCGCUGCUCCGACAUCAUCGCCUACACCUUCCACCUCGAUUAAUAAUAAUAAUAAUAAUAAAAAAAAAAAACUGGCGCUGCCUCUCCUUU